GGAGUCUAAGGUGUUGAUGCUUAAGAAGAGAAGGAUCAACCGUUCUUCAAAGUGACCAUUGUGAGAAUUCGAGCAGACGUCAUGACCGAACCUACUAGCCCACCUACAAUUGACAUACAAACUCUCACCGCACCCUCUCAGAAUGGAUCUCAGGAUUCGGGCUCUCGCCCAACUUCUCUAGCUACCUCAGCAACCCCAAUCACCCUUUCAAACACUGCCUCACCGUCAACAUCAAAUACACUUCAGACACCCCAAGAAGAAAUCCGACCAUCCACCACCGAUUCGACAGACACUUCGUCUACAGAGGAUCAACCUUCGCGCCUUCCAACGACGACACUACUAUCAUUCAUCUCCCUAACCUUAUCAAUUUUCCUCGUAGCUCUCGACACCGUCCUCAUCCCCACAGCACUCCCAACUAUCUCCCUCUCUUUCCACAUAUCGGACUCUCUCUACGCAUGGAUCGGCUCCGCAUAUCUACUUGCCAAUGCGGCAUCCGUCCCCUUCUGGGGAAAGCUGUCCGAUAUCUUCGGACGGAAGCCUAUUGUCCUGAUUGCAAACAGCAUUUUUUUAGGAGGAAGUCUGAUCUGUGCUAUGAGUAUUAGUGGGCCGAUGUUGGUCGGAGGACGUGUGGUGCAGGGUCUGGGUGGUGGAGGCGUAGUUGUCUUGGUUCAUAUUUGUGUUGCGAAUUUGUUUAGCAUGAGGGAUCGAGGCUUUUACCUCGGAAUCGUUGGCGCGGCGUGGGCAGUGGCAUCAGCUCUUGGGCCUGUCCUCGGUGGUAUAUUCGCGCAGAAGUUGAAUUGGCGGUGGUGCUUUUAUGUGAACAUCCCCAUUGUCUCCCUAUCUACCCUCCUACUCUACUUUACUCUCCACCUCCCCUCCCCCCGCGCACCUCUUCUCUCUGGUCUCCUAUCCAUCGACUGGCCCGGCAGCUUCGCCAUCACAACCGCCACUAUCCUCCUCCUCAUCGGCCUUCAACUAGGCGGUCAAUCCCCCUCCUGGACCACCCCCACCAUCCUCCUCCUCCUAAUAUUUGGCCUCCUAACCUACGUUCUUUUCUUCUUUACUCAAUACCUCGCUGAGAAGAAAACAUGGGCUGCAGUCGCACCGAUUAUGCCCCUUCGAAUCUUCCGCGAUACGAGUAAUUUGGCCGCACUGGGUGUGUGUGCUUGUGAUGCGCUAGUGUUUAACUCCGUUGCCUACUUCCUCCCUCUCUACUUCCAAAUCGUGCUCGCAGCUUCCCCAGCAAAAGCUGGGCUCUGGAUGCUCGCCGCCGCCAUCCCUCUUGCCAUCGUCUCGCUAUCCGCCGGCAUCGUCAUCGAGCGCACAGGCCGGUAUCUCGAAGUCCUGCGUGCGGGCCUCGCGCUCAUGACCGUAGGCGUUGGCCUGCUAAUCUCGUUUGCUAGCACAAGGGAUAUGGCCAAGAUAUUGGGGUUUUUGGUUGUUAUUGGAAUAGGCUUCGGUCCCAAUUUCCAUGCCCCCCUCAUCGCCCUCCAAACCCGCAUCCAGGAAUCCGACAUCGCAGCCGGCACGGCCGCAUUUGGCUUCGUGCGCAUGGUUUCCGGUGCAAUAGGCGUUGUGGUCGGACAAGUUGUUUUCCAGGCGUUGAUGCGUACCCACCUUCCCUCCUUCCUCGACGUAGGUAUUCCGCGAGCUUUCGCGGAGAGGCUGGCGGGUGGGGACGCCAUUUCAGAGGCGGUGGCUGUUGCGAAGUUGCCGGGGGUACAGAGGGAGGUUGUGAGACAAGGGAUGACGAUGGCGCUAAGGGGGACUUGGGUGGUUUAUACUGUUGUGAGUGCCGUCGGGUUGGCAGUUAGUUGGGGGAUUAAGAGGGAGGUUUUGAGCAAGAAGAUGCCUGAGACUAAGGGGAAGGAGAGGGUGAGGAGGGGGGAUGAGGAGGUAGCGAGGGAGGUGAUGGAGGAGAAAUGA